AACUCCCUUACCUGACUCUUCAGGUUACUUUCUCUGCUUAACACAAACAAAGACUGUGUAACUAUUAUGUAUAUAUUGUUAUAUACUCUUAUGUUAAGUGACCAAAUUGCAGUCACUUGAUGCAGAGAGAAUGUGAUCAGAGAUCAAACGAGGUUAGCUUUUUCAUUUAAGGUUCAAGAAGUGAAAAAGAACAAGCUUUUGCUUAUCUCCUGAAGAAGCUCAACACUAAAUGGAAGCUUCCUCUUAAUCAAAAGCAGGUUUAUAUUGUAUCAGUCUUUUGAUAUGCUUACGAAGGGAACAAUAUUUCAAGGUACCUCCUCAUUAGCAAAUCAUUGGCAUCAUUGGUUCUCUUUGACUUCGGGACUGUUAUUCUGCUGCUGAAGAAUAAGCUACAGCUUCUCACAGUUUGUAUUGGUGGUGUAGGUUCAGUCUCUGCUUAUAUUUCUUACACCCCAGAUUAGUUUUGGUGCUGGCUUGAUGGGUUCAUUAGCAUAUAUGAGAAUGUUUGAUAACACUGUAAACAGAGUUGGCCCUGGGUCCAAACAAAAGAAGCAUGGACUUCCAGCUGCAGAUACAUAUCAAAAUAACCGGCCACAUUUUUCCAAAAG